AUGUCUUUCCUGUCUGCCACUCGCCCUCUGACUGGCCUCUUCUCCAAGUCCUUGCCGUUCGCCUCUGGCCCGCGCCGCCUGUACUCGACCCCUCGACCCCCCCAACAACGCCCCGAACAACACCCGUUCGCAGUCACGGUCGUCUUCUUCCUCGGCGGCCCAGGCAGUGGCAAGGGCACCCAGUCCGCCAACCUGGUCAAGGACUACGGCUUCGUCCACCUGUCCGCAGGCGACCUCCUGCGCGCCGAGCAAGUCCGCGAGGGCAGCGAUCACCGUCGCCCUGCUCUCCAACGCAAUGGCCGACUCGCUCGCUGCCGCGCCGCCCCCGCCGGCACUCAGGCGCGCUUCCUGAUCGACGGCUUCCCCCGCAAGCUCGACCAGGCCGUCUUCUUCGAGGCGACGGUGGCCCCCUCCGAGCUGGUCCUCUUCCUCGACUGUCCGGAGGAGGUGAUGGAGAAGAGACUCCUGAAGCGUGGCGAGACCAGUGGUCGCGACGACGACAAUGCGGAGUCGAUCCGCAAGCGUUUCCGUGUUUUCGUUGAGACGUCCAUGCCUGUCGUCGACGAUUAUGAGAAGAAGGGGAAGGUCGUUAAGGUUAAGGCUACCGGGUCUGUCGAGGAGGUUUAUAAUGAGGUUCGGGCUGGGAUUGAGUCUCGUGGUAUUAAGCAGCGCAGCUAA